ACUUGGCUUCACUUUGGAACACAUGGCUACGGUGCUGCACGGAAAUGAAAACAACGUUUUGGUAUCCAAGUAUUUAUCUUAAAAAAAAAUUAAAAAUGACUUCCAUUAAACUUGUUGGAAACUGAUAUGUCGCCAAUAUUCAGAUUUGUUUGACCAAAAAAGGGGCCUUGGUUGAAGAUGGAUGCAGUUCCCUGCAGUUGGAACACAACAAGAGUUCAGGAGUCGUUUGCUCGGACUAAGCCUGCCUCAGACACUCUAACAAAGCUGGCAAAACUUGUUGCACAAAAGCAAGAUAGUCAAAGCCAAAACCAACUACUGCCUGAUGUGUGCCCGUGUGUGUGCGCACAGUGCAGCCAGGGAUUCUCUGACAUGGCUGAGUUAUUGCACCACCAGCAGGGAGAACAUGCCUUACGUAAGUGUCAUUGCUGCCUUUCCUGUGGCAAAGAGUUUUCUCUCCUAUCCUCUUUGCAGUUGCACAAGUGCAGUCGUGAUGCUGCUCCUUGUCAGGUCUGUUGUGGUAAAACCCAGCUAGAUGCUCCAUGCAGUGCAUGCAAGGCUUCAACCUCAGACUCUCAGAGUGUCCGGGAUAAGUCCCGUUAUCACCAGUCCCACCAUCAUGAUAGCAGAUCAUAUGGCUGUGCUCCGUGUGGUAAAAGCUUUAGCCAAAAGCAAUCUCUGCUUCGCCAUCAGCAGGCUGGCUGUAGUAAAUCUGCCACGCGAACUUCAAAAGUUGUCAGCCCUCCCGCGGACUCUCCCUCGCCUGAAUCUGCCAAGUUGGACUCUUCUCCCCCUGACUCUCCCUCGCCUGAAUCUGCCAAGUUGGACUCUUCUCCCCCAACUGAUGCCACUAGUGCCCCAGAUCCCGACAGGCCAAGUCAAUGCCUACUUUGUGCCAAGAGGUUUCGCUCAGGGGCUGGCCUUGCAUGCCAUCAGCGAUCCACCCAUCGGAAGGAGUGGAUCAUCUCCAAGUAUCCUCUACUAAAAGGAGGAUGCACAAAUGGGGUUCAUAUAUUAUCGAAGCAGAUGGCUGGGCCACCCCAACCAAAAAGAAGAGGCAGAAAGAGCCAGCUCCUCUCCUGUCGUUCCUGUGACAGGGUCUUCCUAAGCACUGCCAAGCUGUACUUGCACAGACAAGAGUCCCACAGCAGAGAGAAGGAUAUCAGAAGAGAUCCAAGGCCGCUGAUUAACAAGCGGAGGAAAAGAGAGACUUACCCGUGUGACGUUUGUGGUAAAGUGUUCUUGCACCAUUUGUCACUUAAAGCACACGUCAAGAAUCAUAGUCGAGAACCACCAAGCCAUGUUCAGCAGGUUGGGAAAGCAGCCAAGGACACCAAGUUAGGUGAGAAGACGCCAAAAAAGCCUAAAGGCAACAUAUCACGGAAGGUGGGAGGAAAAUUGGUCAAGGCUAGCAGAGUGAGACCAAAGAAAAUUCCCAUGAAAGAGGAAGAGGAAGAGGGAGAGUUUCCUUGCCCGUCUUGUGCUGAGGUGUUUUCUUUUCAGUCUGCUCUGAAGGAGCAUGAGGAGCUGCAUCAGCCUACAGGGAGUAUGAGACACUGCAGCGUGUGCAGUCAGGGCAUGGGUAUCUCUAAGAAGCCUCGGGCCAAGCUUCGGAGGGCCUACCAUUGUGUUCCCUGCCUGAAGGCUUUUGUAACACUGGACACUUUCUUACAACAUUGCCAAGAUCACCUCGUUGACAGUGGCGAUGAGGAAGGGAGCAAUUUAUGACCCUGACAGCAAAAUGUGAGAUGAUGUACUCUUCCUUUUUUUGUUUUUUUAACAAGCUGUACUGAGUCCUUAAGAGAAUAUCAUGUGUCCGUGUACAUUUAAAAAUCUGUUUAGACCACUGUUUAGACCACCAGAAUAGCUGUUUGAAUGUAAUUCAUAUCAACGUGCGAUUCAAGUUGCAACAAAACAUUUUUUUUUUUGUGUGUGUGCUGUCUGAUAACAUUUAUUUUGUGACUGACUAACAGUGGUACGCUGUGAAAGCAGUACAGAAACAGUCUUACUAGGCCUAAAUCCUCUUGAUCCUAAAUCCUCUUGAUCCUAAAUCCUCUUCAUUUAGACCUUUUAUAUUCCUUUACAAAUGUUGUAUCGGAUCCAACCAUCCAUUUGUCAUUAUGGUUCAACUUAAAUGAAUAUACGCAAUAACUCAUUUAGUAUUGUUGCUGCAGCAGUUUUUUUUAAAAUCUCAAUAUCAAAUCAUUUCUGGUUAACAAUACCUUACUGUGUUAUUUGUUUUCAAUUCAAAUGGUCAAAAUGGAACAAAAAUAGCUUCUUAGCAAAGAGCAAUUUCUCAAGCAAGAAUUUAGCUAGGACUGUCUGGAAGUGGUCUGAGUGGGGAGGGGAAAACUGAACGCUGUUAUUGGGAUUGAGGUUUGGAACUCUUUCUUAUUUGCUAUUAAUUAAUCUACCCUACACAAAUUUACUCCAUGACACCAAAACUGACAUUUCAGGACGUCUUUCCAAACAGCUCUUACACUAAAAGGGCAUUAUCAUAAUUUUCAUAAUUUCACAGUAUUAUUCCAACCUCACAGUGUGGAAAGAGACACAGAGUAUAACAAACACUAUGAACUCCUUUCCUGAUAGAGAUGCCCCUCUCCUUUUGCCCUCAGAACAGCCUCAAUUCGUCAGGCCAUGGACUCUAAACAAAAAAACAUUGAACUUUUAGAUUUUUUUUUUUUUGGUACAGGAAAACUUUUUUUUAACAUUUUAUUGUUUAACUCUUGAUGACAUUGGACUUGUGUGACACUGAUUUAGCGUUAAUUUACUAAUUAUUUAUCUCUGUCCGUCUGUCUGUCUGUGUGUGAUGCAUACUCAUGGAGCCAGUUAAGACAAUGUGACGUAAUGUGACGUAAUAUAACAUGGAUAUUAUGCAAAACAAGCAGUGAUUGCAACCUUGCUGCUACUGUUGGUUUAGAAAUGAGUUUACCAGGUUAUCCAUUUAUUUUCUGCAGUUUAGUAAACCAAAAACAGAAGAAAAUAAGGCUUAAAGGGAGACCUUGUGCUUCAACACUCUCUUAGUUGUUGUGGAAAUAGACCCACUAUGCUGUUUUACUUUCUGCGUCUAUUUUUGCAUAUUUUUUAAAGAAAGUCAUGUUUUAUUUAGGGAAAAAAAAGGUUUUUAAGUUUCUACUUCUGGAAAGUGCCUUUUGUGUCCCGAGUUAGCAACCUUGUCUUAGAAAAUACCUCAUUAAAAGUAUUCUCCCAUGA